AUGUCGUUUUGGCCGUUCACGAAUUCGUUGAACAACAACAGUAGAUUGCAGAAGUUCUUGGACUCUGUCCUGGAUCCGGCCGCUGUGUCUGUGGAGGAUUUGGUGGGGGACCUGGAGCUCAGUCUGGAGAUUGUUAGUGAAUUGCAUAGUAUAAAGGGCAAUUAUGGAAGGGAUGCUGGAAAUUUCCCAUUCCAGCAGCAGCAACAACAGCAGGCACAAUCGCAGCAACAACAGCAACAACAGCAGUCGGGACAGCUGGAACUCUUAGCUCAGCAUCUCGCUAACGAGGAUGACCACGCCUUGACGCCAGUGGGGCCGAGUAGUUUCAAUAAUAAUAACGCUGACAGUGGAUCUGUUUCGAGUUAUAGUGAAGCUGGAGGAGGUGGAAAUCUCAGCAAGGAUGCAAGAGGAGCCAAGUUGUUGGAGAUCUUGAUCCAACCACACAUAUUGAACGGGUUCUUGGAUUACAUUGUGGAGAGUGUGGGGUUUUUCGAUGAAGACUCCAAAGCUGCUGAGCUUGAGAUAAUCAGGGAAGCUGAACAGAAGCCAUUGAGUCGGGAUACGGCGGAGCUACCUGACCCCGACAAGAAUGAUGCAGCGCUGGAUAUCAUUCAAGAAGAAGACGAAAACGAACUAGAAGAGUUGGAAAACCAGGAUGCAGACGAAGAAGAGGAAAAAGGAGAGGAAAAGGAGGAGUCUUCUCAAGACAAGAUGCGUAGGUACAUCCAGACAUCAUCGGAUAUCCUUUCGAUUGAUCUUUGGAUCAUCUCUAAUAGAAUAAUCGAAACUCCUGUCAUAAUCAGCAAGCUUUGGCUGAUCCUUUCACUUCCGCAAUUGCUGGAGGUCAGUCCUCUGGUAACAUAUUUAAUCCAUAUCUUAGAUCAAUUGAUGGAUGCUAACAGCAUAGAAUUACUCAACUUUAUUAGGCGACAACCUGAUCUCGUUGAGACAUUCUUAGGUAAGAUAGAGAUCCCCAUGCUUAUGGAUUUCUUUCUUAGAGUAAUUCAGACAGAUAAGAUAGAUUAUCCGACUGGAAUUUUAGAAACUUUACUGCUGCAGAAGUUGAUACCUCAGUUAGUUGAUAUCUUGAAACCAAGAGAAAGUCAGUUUGAUAGCGAGACUUCUGAAGGAACAAGUAGCGGUAUCCCUGACGCCCAACUUUUUUUCAAGCAGACGGCUGCUACCGAUUUCAUUAAAGCUCUAGUUACCAUUUCGUCCAAUACAGCAUUGGCAAUUAAUUUAGAAACCAAUAUUGGACCCAAUCAGUUGACUAGAGAAUUGGUUUCGAGAGAGAUAGUUGAAACCAUUGUGAAAGAUAUCAUUCUUUUCAAGCCUCCUAAGGGUUCAAAUAUUAAAACAAACAAACAUGGGAUUAAUAAUUGUGUAGGGAUAAUAAUUGAGCUUAUCAGAAAGAAUAACUCAGACUAUGAUACAAACUGUGGGACAUAUUCCCUAGAGGAUAAUCAACAAAAUAAUGGAGGAGGUGGUGGACAAAGCGCAGGAGCUGAAGUGAAUUCUUAUGUCAUGUUCCAAUGGCUCAAAGAUUUUGAGCAAAACCCUCCUGGAGCUAGAGAUCCAAUAUAUCUUGGAGAAAUGCUUGAAAUAUUUUCAGAUCACUUGGAUCAAUUGGCUGAUUUAAUGAUGAUAUCUCACGAGAAAGAGAAAGAGCUUGGUUUCACCAACUUUAAACUUUCUGAAUUGAUAGCUGAAUUAUUACAUUGUUCAAAUAUGAUUUUAUUGAACAGUAAGAAAAUUAAAAAGGUUAUAAAAGCUAGAGAAUAUGUUAGAUCCCAACAGAGCAAACUUUUGAAGAGAGCGUUGAAUGAAAGUAUGUUAAGUGAAGAUGGAUUAGAUGACGUAACCCAUGGAUUGGAUGAUGUCAGUCUAGAUAACAUAAGCUUGCUAAGUAAUAGAAAGAAAUUGGAUGAGAUAACAAUGUCCAAUGAUGAUUAUGACGAUGGUGAAGAGAGUUUAAUGAUGUUGGAAUUGGAUGCAGAGGAUACACACUCAGAUUCUGAUGAUGAGCCAGUGAUUUCCCCAGAAAAUCCGUUUGUUGGACCUGAACGUGACAAUGCCAUUCGGUUGAAUCCAUGUAUUGGUGACAAAUUUAAGAUUGAUUUGGUGGAUCUGGGACUUUUAGAACAAAUUGUCCGGAAGUUCACUGAGUACCCGUGGCAUAAUUUCUUCCAUAAUGUGGUUUUUGACUUGGUGCAACAAAUUUUCAACGGUAAAUUAAACUCCUACAACUCCUUCUUGAUUGUAGAAUUGUUUAAGCCGGAAAAAUGUAACUUAACGGGGCUAAUCUACAUUGCUUAUAGGGAAAAAUUAGAGCCAAGGCCUGGCUACUUGGGCCAUUUAAUUCUCAUAAGUGAGGAAAUCGUCAAAUUUACUUCCUUAUAUAAGCCUGACUUAAUAUCUCCAAUUAUUGUUGACGCAGUCACAUCUGAUGAUUGGGAAUGGUUUGUAACGGAAGUUUUGUUGAAGACGAGAGAGGUUUACAAUGCAGUUCUAGGAGCUGCUCAUGGAUUUGAAGAUGAUGACGAAGAUGAUAUCAACAAGAAAGAUGAUGAUGACGAUGUAUUUGGAUUUGAUUCAGGGACUGUUGGAUAUCUAGAUCUCGAAAAUUACGGGAACGGGAGUAAAGUAAUCGUCUUGGGCGAUAAAGACAACCAUGAAGAGUUUGUAAAUGAUGGGAGCAAUGGAGGAGCAGAUGAUGAUGACGAGAUAGAAAAUAGUAGACAUAAUAUGGAAGAUGAAGAUGAAGACGACAUAGAAGAGGAUAUGCCAGAUGUGAAGUUAACGAGUUCACUUGUUGGCACAGUCGAUGGCGUAAGUGAAGUGGGGGGUAGUGAAGGGGCAAUUGAAUUAGAUGGAGACGGAAUAGAGAGCGAAUUUUUAGAGAAUUUAUCUGGAUCAAGCUCUUCCGAAGAUGAUGAUGAGGAUGAAGUAGAUGGUUCAGCCACUAACGAUGAUGAUAACGAAUUACGAAGAGUGCCUAAACACAAUAGUUGA